CAGUGUCACCCGGAAGAGACGUGGCAAGCAGCACUCAGGGAGGAAGAACAGAGAGAAUGCAAUAGAGUAAAAGGACGAGCAUAACUUAUAGGCAGAGGUUCAUCACAUAUACACAUAAGGCGGGGCACAAUACAGAGGGACCCUGGCAGGAAGGUGUCUCUGUCAUCAUGGGUCUUUGCAAAUGUCCCAAGAGGAAAGUGACAAAUUUAUUCUGCUUUGAACAUCGUGUAAAUGUGUGCGAGUAUUGUCUGGUAGCCAAUCAUGCGAAGUGUAUUGUCCAGUCAUACCUGCAGUGGCUUCAGGACAGUGAUUACAAUCCAAACUGCCGCCUAUGUAACACUCUAUUAUCCUCUAAGGAGACUGCCCGCCUUGUGUGUUACGAUUUAUUUCACUGGUCCUGUUUGAAUGACCUGGCCUCACAGCUACCACCAAACACAGCACCUGCUGGGUACCAGUGCCCAAACUGCCAGGGUCCCAUCUUUCCCCCCAGCAAUCUGGUCAGCCCUGUGGCCUCUACCCUGCGGGAGAAACUCUCUACUGUCAACUGGGCAAGAGCUGGCCUGGGCCUCCCUUUGAUUGAAGAACUGGAGCCUGUAGAUGCGGUCACACAGCAUGACGUCACAGAUUACAGGGACUGGACAGUAGUUAAUUCCUCCUCUGAUCACCUAUCUGAAAGCCCAGAAGUUUUGCAGCAGACAGGGUAUCUAUAUGCGUCUGCCCCCACCUCGCCCGCACAGCAUGGCAUGUCACAAGAUCACGCUGUACAUAUUGGAGACACCGAAGCUGAUAGUGUUACCAUCAAUGCAGCCUCAACCCCUAGGAAAGUGUAUGACACUCGAGAUGUUGCCAGCUCCCAAGACACAUUGAUUGACUUUGAUGAUGACAAAUACAGGAGGAGACCCACUCUGAGCUGGUUGGCGAGGAUACUCCGCAACCGCACCGGCUCGAAAUCCCGUCCAGCUUCCAGCAUGCAGCGGUUCAUGGUUAUCCUAAUUAUUGGUGUCUUGGGUUUUCUCACCCUCAUUUUACUCAUGUCAAAAUGGGGCAGAGCAUCAGCUGACAACGACCCGAAUCUUGAUCCGCUUUUCAACCCUCAUAUUCGAGUUGGGCAGGAGUAGAUUACUACACCAUUCCAGGGGAUAAUAAAAGAUUGAACUGUGUCCCCAUUGCAAUUUCAGACUUUCUCAUAAGGUCUAAGAAAUGCAGAUGUACCAGGUAGAGCAGUAAUUUGAUGGCCUCACUUGUGUAAUCGACAUCAUUUACUCAAAGCCCCUGUGAUCUAUGCGCUGUGAAAAGCAAGAGUAAGUUGGGCCACUUGUGAUGGCUAUGGUGUGUUUAGUUCUCCAGAGAAGAGGUUGGAUCUAUGGAUACAAGAGCUGGUGCAUUGGCUAAGGAGUCCUUGUGCCUUUUAGAAAUUACAUAAACAGCAAUCUGCCAUUUCUACAGUACAUCUGUUGUGUACAUACAUAUUCUUUAUUUCCCAAUUUUAUUUAACUAUAAUGGUUUUCUAUGUAUAGUGUAACACUCAGAUUUGUAAAUGGAGACCAAAAAAAUGAACAUAAACUAGAGGUAUGACUCAAUGUAAACUUCUGCGUACAAAUUGUUUUUAGUGACAACCUUACAACAUUUCCCUGUGUUUCCAGGUUUGGUUCCUACUCGUUUACUCUCAUCUUCAAAAGUACUAAGAAGUCACCCGUGCGAGGUUCACAGUGGGCCAAUAUACGAGCACAGUGGUCAAGCAUUACAUACUUGAAAACUUUAUGCCCUGGAUUGAAAUGAAAUAGUGAUGUAAUGAUCUGGAGUGUAGCGUCACUCCUCUGAGAGGAAGUGAGACUAACAAUUAAACUAUAUUAAAUUAUAAAGGCAUUGAUUAAAAUGCACAUGUAUAACAUUCUACAAAAAAUACUGUUAGUUUCCAAAUGCGUGGUGCUACAUAGUUUCGGGGUGCACGCAAUAUGACCUAGCUUACAUUGAAAGUGUCAGGGCACAAUUUACGGUUAGUCCUCACAAAAUGGCCUUCUAUUUUGAAUUAUAAUUUAGUGGCGUAUAAUAAGUAAAUCUUAGUCCCAAACAGACCACUCUGAUCUGCAGAUGCUGCAGUGUGAACGAUCCAGUGUGAACUUUGGGAACUUGUAUUGCGCAGCUCGGCUUAUGCCAAGCACACUCCUGUAGUGUGGACUUGGAGGACAACACUCUGUAGGAUAAACAGCCUGGGUUGGUAAGAGCGAGAAGACCCACUGUGUCUGCUGCACACUCCCUGCAUCUGCUGACCUGGGUUAUUCUGUUUUACAUUCACACAGCACACUGCCAGCAGUGCUGAACACAUACACGAUGUAAUGGGGAACAACAUACCCUGGCUAAGUAAUCGUUUGACAUUUUAUUUUAACCAGGGUGUUCCAUCCAAACAGAUCUUUCAUUUUUGAGUGAUUUAUCCUGUUAGGUAUGUUCUCCUCGGUUGUAGAGUUUUUGCACAAUUUGUCCCUCUGUGCUGUUGUCACAGAGGUGCUCCUUCUCUUGAGCACUCUCUAGCUAUAGGGUACAAGGGGCCACUGCUUUUCUACUGAUGGAAUAUGGGGGGAGGGGAUUGUAUAAAAAAAACCCACAAAGACAAGCUUGCUUUUCUGAAUGGGGAAGCUAGAAUAGCCAUUUUUAUUUUAAACCCCUUUGGUUUAACAUGCUAUAUGGAGCUAAAGACUUGAAUUUUUCAGCACAAAACUUCAAAUUUAUUGUAUUUUUUGUUGUGCUAAGAUGCAUCUUUCUUUACUAAAUUUUUCCAACUAUUAUAUUGUAACGCAUUGUUGUCAGAGUAAUAGCUGGUUCACCUGUGAGCAAAUCUCACCAUAAAUGGCAAAGAUCCACAGUGGAGAACGUCAGAAGAGCGCAUUAAUGUGAUGCAUUGUGUAUGUUCUUCUAAUUGCUCAUUAACUUAACACAAUAUUUUUUUUUUAUUUUUUUUUAAAGAGUAUUUUGGUGAUACCUGGUUUUUAAGCACAUUUUCAUAUUGACGUGCUUUUACAUAUUGGGUUUUGGAGCUUACAAAGACUACUGUGUGAAAACAAUUUUAAAUCUAACCUCGCCAAAAUAAUUAAUUUUACCUAGUAGCUAUUUUUAUUUACUUCACUACUUACUGAUUUUUCUUCACCCCAAAUCAUUUUUUAGCAAUGUAACUGGUAAUAGAAACCUAUAUCCACAUUAUGAGAAACAUAGUGGAUUCACAAAAAAAUAAUGGUUGAGCCCUUUCAUAAAUAAUACUGUUAUUGUAUAACUACUCACUCAUUGAAAUGCACUACACAGUUAUUUAAUUAAAUCAUUUUCAUACAUUUAAAUCUCUUCACCUUAUAUGGGCAAUCUAGCUUUCCAUUUGUUACGGAACUGGCAGUUAUGAUUCUGCAACAGCCGGAGAAACACUGCCUGUGCAAUGCAAAGUAUUAUGGAUUAUGUUGGACGUUAUAAGCAAUUUAUGGGCAUUUGGCAGCUCUUGCAGGCAGAGUCAGUUUGGCUUAUUAUAAUUAAACAAAUUUGUAAUAUUUAUUUCAUUUGAUUUAAUAAAACUUGAACAAAAA